AUGCCUAGAAAGGAGACAUCCAUUACGGGUGAGGACGAGAUUGUCGUUCCCAUUGGAGUCGAGCUCCAGGGCAUUGAUAUCAAUGCCCCCGAAACAAGGGAACUCAUCCGCCGGGCAAAGGAGAGUGAUGCUGCAGAUCGACUGCUCUCAGUGAAGGAGGCCUUGAAGAAGUACAAGAGGGCCGUCUUUUGGUCCAUGUUCAUGUCCAUAGCAUUGGUCAUGGAAGGAUUUGAUGGUGUCAUGAUGAAUUCAUUUUAUGGCCAGUCCCAGUUUCGAGCGCGUUUUGGCACCCUUGAUCCCAAAUCGGGCCAAAAGCUCAUCCCGGCUCCAUGGCAGUCAGGUCUCUCCAAUUCGUCAGCGGUCGGCCAGCUCGCUGGUCUAAUUAUCAAUGCAUAUGCCCAAGACCGAUAUGGUUCCCGAAACACCACGAUGUUCUUCAUGGUUUGGAUGGCUAUUGCGAUAUUUAUUCCUGUUUUUACGCCAUCCCUUUCCGUUCUGGCAUUUGGACAAGCGAUGUGCGGCAUUCCGUGGGGUGUUUUCCAGGCAUGUACUGAAACCACGCUCAGCACCACCUAUGCCAGUGAACUCGUCCCCACAGUUCUGCGGCCGUACGUGACUGCUUGGGUGUGUAUGUGCUGGGGUUUCGGCCUCACCAUUUCUUCAGGUGUUCUCCGUGCGGUGACAGGCGUAUCCGGAAACCUUGGCUGGCGACUCCCCAUCACGUUUCAAUGGAUCUGGCCACUGCCACUCUUCCUUGGCGCCUACUUCGCUCCUGAAUCUCCCUGGAAUGCGGUUCGAAGAGAUAAGAUGGACCUGGCAAGAAGGAGCUUGAUGCGGCUUCGAGGGGACUCGGCAACCAAGGAGCAAGAAGUCGAGGCCACUCUCGCAUACAUCAAGUACACGACCGAAUUGGAAAGAGCCGAGACUCAGAAUGCGGCCUUCAUUGAUUGUUUCCGCGGAACGAACUUGCGUCGAACUGAAAUUAACUGCGUCGUCUGGUGCGCACAGAUUCUCUGCGGAAAUGCUAUCCAAGGUUAUGCCGUCCUGUUCCUCGAGUCUGCCGGCUUUUCUGAGGUACAGGCAUUUGACCUCAACAUUUCCCUGAAUGCUUGCUUCAUUGCUGGCGGCAUCAUUUGCUGGCUGCUCUUCCCCCACUUUGGUCGUGCGACUAUCUACAUGAGCGGCAUGACAUACAUGUUCUUCUCCCUGAUUGUUAUCGGCGCCCUUGGGUUUGUACCCGGCACCCCGGCACAGCUGGCCAUUGGUAUCAUUAUGGUCAUCUGUCAGUUGGUGAACUUGAUCUCCAUUGGACCUGUCGCGUACCCUAUCGUGGCAGAGACCCCAUCGGGAAAAUUGCGAUACAAAACUAUCACCAUUGGCCGAUUUGCGUACGUCUGUACUGGUAUCCUGAACAAUGUCAUUACGCCACGCAUGCUUUCUCCGACUGAAUGGAACUGGGGAGCCAAAGCGGCUUUGUUCUACGCUGGAACUAACCUGCUAUGCAACAUCUGGUGUUGGUUCCGUCUUCCAGAAACAAAGGAUCGUACCUUUGGCGAGAUUGACUUAUUGUUCGAUCACAAGGUGCCAGCAAGAAAAUUCAGAACCACCUGGGUUGACCGUAAGCUUAUCCUAGCACGUUUCCAAAUUAUAUACAUGGACCUAACUCGGAGACCAACAGAAUUUACCACUCGCAACGACGAUCUAUCCAACGGAGAGACCGGGAGGGAGCAAGUUGUCGUCAAUGUGAAGAACGAGGACGAUGUGUAA